UAGAUAGAUAGAUGGAUGGAUGGAUGGAUAGAUGGAUGAUAGGUGAAGAAGUUCAUGAGAGUUGAAUGUUAAAUUUUCCUCACGAAAAGAAAAUUUGUAUUAAACAAAGGUCAGUUCCCUCUGUAAAGUCAGAGGUACGGAAGAGGAUUAGGGCCACUGAAAAGAAAAAAAGAAAAGAAAGAUAAUUUGGACUUUUUUCCCCAGAAUUCCCUGUCAGAAUUCCGAGGUUAAAAGUCAGAAUUCUGAGAAAAAGUAAGAAUUCUCUUUCUUUUCUUUUUUUCCCCUUGUCAGUGACUCUCUUCCGUACAGGGUAUAAAUAAAUAACGUCCAUAUUGAUACCCCCCACCACCACCACCACCAACGGUCGGCGAAUUGUCCGCUCCCAACCCCGUGACCCCGUCUCACUCUUUGAAAUGUUGGCAGCCCUGUAUUAUAGGUUAAGCCUAUUAUAUAGGCAUAUAUAAUGUAUUAGAUGUGGAUUUUCAGUUUCUGAUGAGGUCCUUUAUUUAAGAGAAUUCUGUUCACAUCUGAAGGUUUUUGCACUUUAAAGAGAUACUUAGUAACUUUUUCAUAUUUUUAAUCAUUUUCUUGAGCCAGUAUGUGCUAAAACGACCCUUUACAGGGUUAAUGAAAGGCCACCCAGCCCUAUAGUCCCCUGUGGCCAAAACUGCCUAAUUCUCCUUUAAUAAAAAUAAAGUGUUUGAAAAAAGGCUUGAAGCUUUAUUUGUAAGUACAGCCAACAUCUAUUGUGUCAUGCAAUGUAAGUUUUUGUAGACCGUUGAGAAGUUUGGAGGACAUGAAAUACAACAUUGAACUAGGAGAUUUGUGAAAAAGAAGCUUGACCUAAAUAAUCAGUAAACUCAGUGGGCCUUUUGGCAGCCAUGCAAGAUCUCUAAAGAUUCAAAGUGAAGUUCACAAAGUAAAAGGAUCUGUCAGACUGCUCUAAGGAUGAAUGGAGCGAACACAAAGUGCUUUUCACAGUCCGGACACUUGAGACACUUUGCAGGUUAAAACACUCUUCUUCAGAUUUCUUAGAAUUUAAAUUUCUUCAAUAAAAACAAGACAAAAGUUUUUUAUGAUGUUGGUGCAUCUGACGUGAUCCAACUCUAGCUCCAGUUAUGCAUGUCUGGGAUCACUUUGUCUUUUUCUUCAUGUGUGCAUGUGUGUCUCCCGUGCACAUUCAUUUAAGUUUAAAUCUCUACGCGUGUGCGCACACACACACACACACACACACACACACACACUGAGCCUGGAAUUUCACUGGACGUAUUUGGUUUCAUCUUAAAACAGAGUUCAAUAUUCUCAGUGAUGACAUUGAACGUUGAAACCAAACAGAGGGUCUUUUGUUGAGUCCCAGUCCAAGAUGAUCUCCCUCUUAUCAGGUGCGUUUUAUUAAAGAGGCUGAAGUAGUGGGCCUUUGCAGCAUUUGGGCUGGGUCACAGACUCAGACAGUUACACUCUUACAUAGAUCUGAACCGCAGAACCACAGCACAGACUUGUUUUGUGCACCAAAGGGAAGCAGAAGAUGGUGUUUUUAACUACUAAAAUGAUGCAAAGGAGUGCGCUCUUUUUGACAUUUGGAAGCUUCGUCACAUGUCUGGUCACCACUUUUCUGCCCCUGUGGAAAACGAUGAACUCUGACCUGAACGAGGUGGAGAACUGGUUCUCUGGGCUGUGGCUCACCUGCCUCUACACGGAGGAGAAGGGGAUUCAGUGUAAAGCCUAUGACUCGAUUCUGGGACUGCCGAUCGAUCUGCAGAUCUCCAGGGUGCUCAUGCUAAUAUCUGAUGGCUCAGGAGCUUUUGCCAUGCUGGUUGCCUUCCCUGGUCUGGAGGGGGUUGAGGUGUUUGUGGGUCAGCCUAAUGUAAAGAGAGGGCUCCUCAUAUUCAGCGGAGUGCUGACCUGGAUGUCGGGGCUCGCUACUCUGGCUUCCGUCUCUGUCGUGGCUUACACGACCGUGGUGGAAUUCUGGGACGAGGGUUUUCCUGACGUGAUGCCUCGUUGGGAAUAUGGAGAGGCAAUGUUCUCUGGAUGGAUUGGAGGCUUUGGAUUGGUGAUUGGAGGAACCCUGUUUUUUGUGGCCGUGUGCAUGGGGGACUACGACCUGCAAACUGCAAGUGAGCCCAACAGCCCGCAGGUGAAGCACCGGUCAAAGCAUUACCUGAAGACAGAAGUUUUAUAGCUUAGAAGUUAUUUCCAGAUCAAACAUGCCUGGAAUCUCAUUUGAAACACGGGAGAAAGCUUGUGGCUCUGAUGAGAAACAGAACAGACGACUAAAAUGUUACAGGCCGCUGUUGUGUUCUUUCUGUUUUUGCAAAACGUAUCUCUGCAGGUUAAACGUUCCUGUAAAUUCAGAAAUGUUGGUGCAACUGUGUUUAAAGAUCUCACUAAAACCCUUCAAGACCAGCUGUUUUUAUUGUUUUCAAUAAUGGAAGGAACUACACAAUGUUGACUUGGUAAAAAAUAUUUGAUAUGAAAGGCAAACAAAAUAAAACCUAAUCUUUUAGACGUCUAAGUUUGAACACAUUGUUUUCUUUCAGCUACUUUUUGGGGGGAGUUUCAAACUUAGAUUUAUUCCUCAGCCUUUCAUAAAUGUGACAAUCACUGGGAAGAAAAAAAGGACCAUAAAAAUGAGAAAGGAUUUAAUAAAUGCCAAUAUAAUCAUGCUGGAAUGGACUGUUUCUCCCAAAUCAAAGGACAACACGUUUCUGUAAGGUUUGUUGUCAUGGUGUGUCACCUGCCCAUUCAUGCACAGUAGAUAACGUUUUUCUUGUUUAGAAACACUCACUGUUAUCGCUGAGUAAUUGUUCUGGUCUGCUUGCCUGUUAAGAGCCACUCUGCUAAGAUUUUGGGUCAUCCCUUUUGUAAGAGAUAAUAAAAAAAGGAAAUCUUUUUUCCACUCAUUCUGAUUGGAAUUCUGUUGUUCUGACCAAUCCAUACAACUCCAUUCUGACCCUUCUUAAAGGGAUACUUUGCAGUUUUGGCUUGCUUUUAGCACCCUCUAGUGUUCUGUUAGUGAAAGUGCAAAAGUCAAACUCAUCUCCUUGCUUUGCGUUCGUCUUUUUAGUACCUUAAACUAACAGCUGAAAUGUCUCCCCAGCCUUUCUUGGUGUGGACAGAAGCGGUUCAUCACUAAAUCACACAAAUCACCCAUGUUCAUGAUAUAAAACAUGCAGGAAACAUGCUGGAAGCAGACUGCAGCACCAGUUAUGUCAGCUCCGUUUUACAAAGUCCAUCAGGGAUCGGACUGGCACUCUGAAGUUGCAAGUGCGAUAUUCUGGCCACAGAGGGUGAUAGGGGUCUGGGUGACAUUUCAUUAACCCUGUAAAGGUUCGUAUUAGCACAUACUGGCUCAAGAAAAUGGUUUAAAUAUAUGAAAAAAAUGGUAUAGUAUGCCUUUAAAGGAAAAAAGGAGUAGACAUAAAUAUGGUAAGCCAACUUAUUAUAUAAUGAGGGGGUCUUUAAAACAAAAUUCUUGACAGAAAAGAAUAUUUCAGCUAUAUAGAAUGUGAUUAUUCACAUCCAACAUUAAU